ACACAGAGUAGUGUGCGAGAGAUUAGUUGUCAUGAACAUGUCUCUCAACAGUGAUGGAACAGUCAUAUUUAAUGCAACCCUGUUUGCUUUGGUUCGAACUGCUCUUAAGACUGAAAGGAACCUGGAACAAGCUAAUGAAGAACUUCGAGCUGUGAUAAAGAAAAUCUGGAAGAAAACCAGCAUGAAACUGCUUGACCAGGUUGUCCCUCCAGCUGGUGAUGAUGAGGUAACUGGGAAAGUUCUAUGCCACUUUCCUGAUACAGGACUACUUUAUGAAAUUCAAGAAAUCAAAAGAAAGCAGGCUUAUGGGAAAAUACCCAGCAAAGAAUCCCACAAUUGCCCAGCUAAGAGUACCACAAUUGCCCAGCAAAGAACACUACAGUUGCCCAGUGAAGAAUAUCACAAUUGCCCAGGGAAGAACAUCACAAUUAUCCUACAGGCAGGAUUAAGGACACUUCACAACAUUGGGCCAGAACUCCAGUGGGCUAUAUUGUGUGAUUAGCAAGAUGAUGAGCGGGAGGAAACAAAACGAGAAAAAGAAGAUAUGUUCAAAGGAAAUGGUGCUCUGCCCUACAUUAAUACAGAAGAAGAAGGACAUAUUAGUUUCCUAGGGCUGCUGUAACAAAUUA